AUGUCUCAGCUGCAGCAAAAGUUAGAGAUGAUUGGGCAGCUCCGGGGUGAGGUCGAUCAAGCCAAGAAAAUUGAGGAGUUAGAGGCAGAUCUUGCCAAAGCCGGGGCUGAAGCUGCACAGGCCAAGGCUGAAGUUGAGAAGAUGAAGGUUACGGCUGAUAAGACUAUCGCUGUAUACUUAAGGGAUGCCGAAGUUGUUCAAGCGGAGCUGAGGGAGGCCUCCGACCGAGAAAAAUAUAGUAAUGAUUUGUCCAAGUGCCAAUCUCAAAGGGAGACUCUCGAGGAAAUCCAUGCCCGUGGUUAUGACCUUACUGAAGAGAUAGCUCAAGCAAGGGCAAUGGAAACCGACGCCAGGUUCCUCGUUUCUUCCGAUGAUGAGGAUUCUGCCAAUGGCUUUGAGGAUGGGUAA